UGCGGUUCUGGCUCUGCAGAUUCGCCGCUCACGUUUCUCUUCCCCGCGGAUCCCACCGCUCUUUGUCCCCGUCUCCGCGUCGCUCUCGAAACGACUCUUCCAGAACAAAAGCUCGAGUCGGCGUUGCGCUUCUCUCGCUGCGCAGCGGGCGCCUCGGGCUGUAACGAAAGUGUGGCUGCGGACGAGCAGGUACCCGCGGAGCUAGGCAGAGGCGCGUUGGUGCUCCCGGCGGCGGCGGCGACGACGACGACGACGAACGGAGAGGACGGAGGCGGCGCCUGAGGCAGCGGCGAAGCCCAUGCCCCGGAACGGCGGGCGGACCCGGGGAGACGAGUCCGGGGCCCGGGGCAUGUCCCCGGGGCCCCCGUGAGGAGGAGGAGGCGGCGGCGAUGGAGAUCCCGCCGCAGGAGGCUCCGCCCGGACCGGGCGCCGACGCCGAUGCCGACGCCGAGGAGGCCCCAGCCGAAGCCGGGUCUCCCAGCGCGGCCUCGCCGCCGGCCGACGGGCGCCUCAAGGCUGCAGCCAAGCGCGUCACGUUCCCGUCGGACGAGGACAUCGUGUCCGGAGCGGUGGAGCCCAAAGACCCCUGGAGACACGCCCAAAACGUGACGGUGGAUGAAGUGAUCAGUGCCUACAGGCAGGCCUGCCAGAAGCUGAACUGCCGACAGAUCCCCAAGCUCCUCAGGCAGCUGCAGGAAUUCACAGACCUCGAGCAGCGCAUCAACUGCCUGGACCUAAAAGGGGAGAAGCUUGACUACAAGACCUGUGAGGCUCUGGAGGAGGUCUUUAAGAGGCUGCAGUUCAAGGUUGUGGACCUGGAGCAGACCAACUUGGACGAAGACGGUGCCUCAGCCCUCUUUGACAUGAUUGAGUACUACGAGUCGGCCACCCACCUCAACAUCUCUUUCAACAAGCACAUUGGCACCCGGGGCUGGCAGGCUGCUGCCCACAUGAUGCGCAAGACAAGCUGCCUGCAGUACCUGGAUGCCCGCAACACACCCCUGCUGGACCACUCGGCGCCCUUUGUCGCCCGCGCCCUGCGCAUCCGCAGCAGCCUGGCGGUGCUGCACCUGGAAAAUGCCAGCCUGUCUGGGCGGCCCCUCAUGCUGCUGGCCACGGCUCUGAAGAUGAAUAUGAACCUGCGGGAGCUGUACCUGGCAGACAAUAAGCUCAACGGCCUGCAGGACUCCGCCCAGCUGGGCAACUUGCUCAAGUUCAACUGCUCCCUGCAAAUCCUGGACCUGCGCAACAACCACGUGCUGGACUCAGGUCUAGCCUAUAUCUGCGAGGGGCUCAAGGAGCAGAGGAGGGGUCUGGUGACCUUGGUGCUGUGGAACAACCAGCUCACACACACAGGCAUGGCCUUCCUGGGCACAGCGCUGCCGCACACACAGAGUCUGGAGACCCUGAACCUGGGCCACAACCCCAUUGGGAACGAGGGUGUGCGCAACCUCAAGAACGGGCUCAUCAGCAACCGGAGUGUGCUGCGCCUCGGCCUGGCCUCGAGCAAGCUCACGUGCGAGGGCGCGGUGGCCGUGGCAGAGUUCAUCGCCGAGAGCCCCCGCCUCCUGAGACUGGACCUCCGGGAGAACGAGAUCAAGACAGGCGGGCUCAUGGCACUGUCCUUGGCCCUCAAGGUGAACCACUCCCUGCUUCGCCUGGACCUGGACCGAGAGCCCAAGAAGGAGGCGGUCAAGACCUUCAUUGAGACGCAGAAAGCCCUGCUGGCUGAGAUCCAGAACGGCUGCAAGCGCAACUUCGUGCUGGUGCGCGAGCGGGAGGAGAAGCAGCCGCUGCAGCCGUCGGCCUCCAUGCCCGAGAUCACCGUCACCGCGCCCCAGCCCCUGGAAGAGUCUGGGGACCUGCCGGCCACCGGGGCACAGAACGGGGGCCCUGGCCCUGGCCCGGACUCGGACUCGGACUCGGACUCAGACCGGGAGGAGCAGGAGGAAGAGGAGCAGCAGCAGAACCAGCAGAGGGCCGAGGGCGGCGCGGCCCAGAGCCCCGCAGCGCCCUGCCCUGCCCUCGUACCCUGCACGGACUCCCUCGGCCCCGGGGACAGGAGCCCCCCUGGCAGCCCCUCCCCCGCUGAGCAGCGCAUUUCUGUCUCCAGCCCAGGCCGAGGCCACAAGGUGUUUGUGGUGACCCGGGUGGAGAGCCCGCCCGAGAGGCCGGGGCCCCCUGUCCCCCCCUCCUUUGUCUCCCCCCCUCCCCCCUCUCCUCCCUCCCCACCCGCCUCCCCACCGUCUGAGACCAUGGACAUCCAGGACCCAGAGCCACUCGAGGCUCAGCUCCAGCCAGAGCCGCCUCAGGCAGGGCAGCCUCUGCCCAACGGCCUGAAGCCCGAGUUUGCCCUCGCUCUGCCCCCAGAGCCACCCCCGGGGCUGGAGGCUAAGGGGGGCAGCUGCAGCCUGGAGCACGCCCUGCACCCCCAGGGUGCCAGCAAGCUGGAGGAGCUGCUUUUAGAGGCCAGUCAGGAGGCCCCGCGGGACACACUGUGACACUUUCUUUUGUUCCGGCCGGUCUGUGAUGAGCUGAAGCCAUCCCCAAGGAUCUGCCGACUCCCCGCCUAGUCCCCCAGGAAGCCGGGUGGGGUAUCCCAGGCCUCGCUUCGGGAACACUACAGCCGAGAGGGGCACCGGGCUGGGAGCGGCUUCCUGGACAUUUGUGUCUGCCGCUCUGGCUCGCGCCCUCCAGGUUAGGGCUGGGGUGGACAGGGGAAGAGGACGGGAGGCGCUCUCCAGGGUCACUGGCCACAGGGCUGCUCUGGUCCUGGGCAGGGGCAGGAGGCUGGACAGAUUAGGAUGGCCCCCUGGCCCCCUUCGGGACCUGGCUGGUGAGCGUGGUGGAAGUUUGCCAGCCCCUGUAAGCUGGGGCCAGCGGAAAGGAAGAGCUUUCUUAAGUGCAAUAAAAUCUAUCAGGGAGCUGGGCACGCAGCAGCGGGGUUCUGGGACCCUGCUGCCCGGGCCACUGAGGCUGCACCCUGGCAGGCACUACAGCGGUGGGCAGCGGGGGGUGGGUAGGUGUGGGUGAGGGUGGGCUGGGGCUGGGCCACUCCUGCCGGUGCAGCUGUGACACCUUUUCUAAUAAACGGGAGCUGGGGUCACCA